CAGACUCUCUUGGCGCUCGGUCCGGUCCCAGAUCUCGUUUGCUCUGGAUGCGGAGAUUUCGUGGGAAUAAAAUCGAAAGAAAAGCCAACUUUAUGCGCGCGUUAAAAAAAAGCUCUCCCGUACAGCGCGUGCUGCGUUUAAAUGCUCCGAGGUGGAAAACACGUGAACGCGUCGGGAGGUGGAGGAAACAUUAACCGGUGAGUUAGACGACWGAGGAAUGACAUUUUAUUUUAAAAAUGAGGCAUCUGGACUGAAUCGAGGCAUUUGAAAAGUCCAAGAUGGGGAACUCAGAGAGCCAGUACAGCAUYGACGGUUCGAAAGGCACAAGCUUCAUUUUGUCAAAGAAACAGAAGCCAUAUUCUCUGCAGCUCCGCUCAACCAAAGAUGACGUUCUGUCACCACAUAUGUGGUGGAAAAACGCCUCCCACGGCUCAGGGUACAAGACUAGAUGUGUUAGCCAUGGCUGUUUGUCACCUCCUAAAAGCCAACAGUCCUACUCUGCCCAAUGCUGCGACUAUGUUUCCAAGGGAGCAAAGGGCAGCAGGAGUGAGCAUCGGUGGCAUCAGUCCUCUGGAUGUGGGCUACGAAGGCGGUACAUAUCAGAUGACUAUGAAGAGAAUCCAUAUGGGACUGAGCUCAGUGGGCAUGCUCUGAAUGGACACAGUGACAAACACGAGGCAUUAGAAGAACAGAGCAGUCCAAGGGUGGUCAUCAAGAAGGAUGGUACUCUCAGGGUGGAGUUCACCAACUCUUCAGGCAACUCGCUCCUCCUGGGGGAGGCUUCUGGCCCUGUUCAGCUCCUUAAGUUUUCCCCAAAUCUGGAGUCCAAUUCCACUCCCAGCCUGUCUGGUUCCAAUGGCAUCAGGCAGGAUGUCCACCACGGUGGUCCAGUACCAGCUUCUACCUCUUCCACAGCUAGAACCAGUAAAGGAAGCUCACUGAGCUCUGAAAGCUCCUGGUAUGACUCUCCUUGGGGUCCCAGUACAGAACUCUGUGAGCAGGACCAACCUUGCUCUGCUAGCAGGACCUUAGUAAACUCCCCCAUCCACCAGCUUGACUCAUUUACAGAACAUCCCACCUCUGCAUUCAUGAAUGAUCUUUACAGGGACUCUUCGAUGGCUGCUACUUUCCCCGCAGCCAAGGACUUGUCUGCCCAGUUACAGCUGCCUCCGUCGGGGCGGAGAACACAUCGAGCCUCAGUUGCCUCUGCUCUGGACGUUCCUUUGGAGGAGGAGUGCCUAGAAUCCCACCAGUACUCAUCGUAUACCCUGCCUUGUCGCAGGCCCAAAGCACACACYAUCAGUGAAGACAUGAACCAAGAACAGGCAGGGCACCGGGAGAAGACGGGGCAUGAACUCGUCUUCCAAAAGAAGCACUCCAUUAAAAACCGCAUGAGACGCUUCAGUGACUGGACGGGCAGCCUCACUCGCAAGAAGAAGUCAUCUCAGGAGACCAGGCACAAGGACCUGAGCGACGCCUUCGACAGCGGAGUCGAUGGCCUGACUACAGAGACCAGCUCCCCCUCUCAGGUCUCCAGCGUCCUCUGGUUCCCUCGAGCCUCCAGGGCUCAGUCUUCGGGAGCCAUUCACCAAACGACCAGCGAUGCUCUUCGCCAGAACAUCUACGAAAACUUCAUGAGAGAGCUGGAGACGGGAGCCGGGCAAGGAGGAGAUCGAAGAGACCCGUCCACGGGCACGGAGGAGGACUGGAGCAGCAGCGAGUCGGCCGAGGGCUCCCUGGAGCAGCUGGAGAUUUUGUUCGAGAAGGAGCAGGGGGUGGUGAGACGGGCCGGCUGGCUCUCCUUCAAACCUCUCGUCACCCUGCACAAGGACAGGAAGCUGGAACUGGUGACCCGUCGCAAGUGGAAGCACUACUGGGUGACUCUGAAAGGAUGUACGUUGCUGUUCUAUGAAACAUACGGGAAAGCCUUUGCAGAGCAGGACCUGUCGCCCCGCUACGCCCUUUUGGCCGAGGACAGCAUUGUCCAGGCUGUUCCCGAACACCCGAAGAGGGAAAAUGUCUUUUGCCUGAGCAACUCGUAUGGAGACGUGUAUCUGUUCCAGGCCAGCAACCAGACAGAUCUGGAAAACUGGGUGACAGCCAUCCACUCUGCGAGCGCCUCGCUGCUCGCCAAGCGCCAGGGGAAGGAGGACACUGUGCGUCUGCUGCGGGGCCAAGUGCGCGCCCUGCUCCAGAAGAUCGACAUGGACGGGAAGAUGAAGAAGAUGGCCGAGCUGCAGCUGACCGUAGUCAGCGACUCUAAAAACCGCAAGGCUAUUGAGAACCAGAUUCAACAAUGGGAGCAGAACCUGGAGAGGUUCAACAUGGACCUGUUCAGGAUGCGCUGCUACCUCGCCAGUCUUCAGGGGGGAGAGCUGCCAAACCCAAAGAGCCUGCUGGCCAUCGCCAGCCGGCCCACCAAAACCACACUGGGACGCCUCGGGGUCUUCUCUGUCUCCUCCUUCCACGCACUGAUCUGCUCCAGAGACGAGGCCACAGCCAGGAGGCGCUCGUUGUCCCUGACCUGCCGACAGCGCAAGAGGGGCCUGUUUUCCUCUCUUAAAGGCCUGGACAACCUUACCAAGAGGGGGCGGGACAAGAGAGCCUCUGCAUCGCAGCGGCUCAAUGUCCUGACCAGCAUCUACUCCAUGUCGCCCCCUGAUGGGGGUAUUUGGAGAAGCGUCAGCGGCAACUCUGAUGAGCUGAUGUGUGUUUACAUGCCAGACGGCCUGACCGUCCAAGUCCCUGUCAGGAGAGACCAGACAGCCGCCGACCUUCUCUGUGCAGCUUGCAAGGUGAAACAGCUGGACCCGGGCUCGCACCGCCUGCGGCUGCAGAGGCAGGCGGGCCGUGACGUGGAGGUCCGGCACGUGGCUCCCGGCGAGCUCCUCCGUGACGUGGUCGCUGAUCAGCUGGAGGUGGUUCCAGCUAACGUGUUUACGCUGCACAUGAGGAGAACCGGUGACGUCGCCGACUUUGGUUUUGCAGUAACGGGACACGUCGACAGCCAGAAGAACAGCAGGAUAUUUGUCAGUGAAGUUCUCCCUGAAGGACUGGCCUUUAAUGAGGGUCUGCGUCCAAGUGAUGAGAUCCUGGUGCUGAAUGGCCAACAUGUGUCCAGUCUGGACCUGGYUUUGAUCCAGACUCUGUUUGCUGAACAAACCCUGCAGCUGAGGGUGAGGCGGGACGGUCCGGCGCUGGCCUCGGACCGCCUGGCCCCCACAUCAGAACACAGCCAGGAGGUUUGCAGCAAACACCACAGAGCCAAGUCUUCAUCAGAUGUGUUUGCUGCAGCUGACGGUGGAGAGCCCCGGUGCGUAGGACUGGAGAAUGUUCUCUGUGCCCACCGGCUCGUUCAGCACAGCAAGAGCAUGGACGCAGUGUGCACCCUCUACCAGACCUUCCACGAAGGCUCGGGCCCGGAUGCCGGAAGCGUGAUGGACGACGUCAGGGAUCCGGCAGCGGCGGAGCGGGGAGGAGAGCCGGGCUUCAGGGAGGGCAACUUGCUCAGACCUUGCCCCAAGCACUUGAGUGCCACCGAGAGGCUGCGCAAGGUCAUCCAGGAGCUGGUGGACACAGAAAAGUCCUACGUGAAGGACUUGGACUGCUUGUUUGAGAUCUAUCUGAAACCGCUGCAGAAGGAAACCUUCCUCACACAAGACGAGAUGGAGAGUCUGUUUGGCAGCCUUCCUGAGAUGCUGGACUUCCAGAGGGUCUUCCUUCAGACUCUCGAGGAGAGGAUUGCCUCCUCGCCUGACUUCAGCACCCUUGAGACCCCCUCAGAGUUUAAGAAGCUGCUGUUCUCUCUCGGGGGUUCGUUCCUCUACUACGCCGACCACUUCAAGCUCUACAGCGGCUUCUGCGCCAACCACAUCAAAGUCCAGCAGGUCCUCAAGAGAGCUAAGACAGAUCAGGCCUUUAAACAAUUUCUGGACGCAAGGAAUCCAACGAAGCAGCACUCGUCCACGCUGGAGUCGUACCUGAUCAAACCGGUGCAGAGGGUGCUCAAGUACCCCCUCCUGCUGAGGGAGCUGGUCUCUCUCACUGACGCAGACAGUGAGGAGCACUACCACCUCACCGAGGCGCUGAAGGCCAUGGARAAGGUGGCGAGCCACAUCAACGAGAUGCAGAAGAUCUACGAGGAUUACGGCUCCGUGUUUGAUCAGCUCGUGGCCGAGCAGAACGGCCACGAGAAAGAGGUCACAGAGAUUUCCAUGGGAGAGUUUCUCAUGCAUUCCUCUGCAGUCUGGCUCAACCCUCACCCGUCGCUGGGCCGCAUGAGAAAAGAUCCUGAAAUUACUGUGUUUGUUUUCAAAAAAGCAGUGAUAUUGGUCUACAGGGAAAAUAACAAGCUGAAGAAGAAGAUGCAGACAAACCCUCGUUCUGCACUUUCUCAGGGAGAUUUUGACCCGUUCAAGUUCCGCCGGCUCAUCCCGCUCUCUGCGCUGCAGGCCAGGCUGGGAAAUACUGCAGGAACAGGCGCAGAGAGCAGCUGCAUCUGGGAGCUGAUUCACUCCAGGUCUGAAGUGGAAGGCAGACCAGAGAUGAUCUUCCAGUUGUGUAGCAGUGUGCCAGAGAAUAAGAUCAACAUCAUCAAGGUGAUCCGCUCCCUCCUCAGGGAGAACAUAAGGAGGAACAUGAAGAAUGAGGGAACAUUAGAGAGGAGCUGUAAGGAAGACCUGCCCCCCCUGUGCAGGACUCUGCCCGCCUCUGCCAAGCUAGGUUCUUCCAGGGCUUCCUGGUUGUGUAAGCAGCCUUUUGAGGAAGUUUCUUCCCAGGGAGGGAAUCCCAAGCUGGGGCUGGACUCUGAUGAAGGCAGCCUGAGCAGCGGAACCUACAGCUUCUCUGGGGCUCCUCCGGCCUUGAGCGCCUCCGACGCGCACAGCUGGUCUCCGCCCAACGCGUCCGGCUCAAACCCCCGCUCCACCUCUGUGAAGGAGUCGGACAUUUUAAGCGACGAGGACGACGACGGUUUUAGCGAGGCGGGCCCGAGGAGGGACAGCGGGGACAGCGGUUCCCCGACGAGCGCCAUCGAAGCUCAGAUCCUCCAGCUUCGGCUCUGCGACGACGUCGUCUCCAAAUGUUCUUUGGCCCCGCGGGUUCAGCCGGAGGGAACGGGCGACACGCCGGAGCUUCAACACAAGCUGGCGCAGCGAAGUUUCAGCGCCGUUCAGAAAAAACCCAGCAGUUUGAGGAGGAGCCAGGGCGCGCUGUGGCACACGAGGGAGCAGAACCGGUCACUGGACAGUCAGCUGGAUCCAACAUCGCCGUGUGGAGCGGUGGACCUCAACCUACUGCUAGAGAGAGAGUUCAGCGUCCAAAGUCUGACUUCUGUAGUGAACGAAGACUGCUUCUUUGAUACGGCUGAAAGCUGUGCCACAAACUCUGGGAACGCCACSUCUUCCUAGGGUUUGGUGUAAAUGAUCUCCUGGCAGAUCACCUGGCUUCUCUUCCUACAGCGGCGCAGCCAGGUGAUUUCUGUCCCAUCGAUGACUGCAACGAAUCUGCCAAGCACUGGUGUGAAUGUGCGAGCUCCGGCUCUCUGGGCUUUCGCCUGAUCUAAAAUAAAAAUAUCGCAUUCCCAUAACGGCUCAGAUUUUUGACCUUGUCUGGAAAAAAAUGCGGAGAAUGUCCUUGUCUGUCAGUCACAAAUGUCCCAASUGCUGAGAAAGGGGCUGAAGUCCAGCAGAUCGAUGGUGACAGGAUGCUGAGCUGAAUCAGGUUUUUCACCGGGUGUUGUGAUUAACCAAACGCAACAGAUUAUUGGUAGCUCAAAUUUGGUUUUAGGCUGCACAAURUUAAGAAAACAAAUUAAAUACAAGAAUAUCUCUUGUGGGGAAAAARGCCACAUUUUGGCCACUAUCUGAAUCUGCUGUGGGCAUUUCGARAAUCCAUAUGUUUACAAUGAAUUCUUUAGGUUGUUGGAAUUGCACAUAUUCAUAAUAAAGUAUCUUUAAUUUUCAAUAUAUUGUGCAGCCUUUGGUAAAAAUAAARGUGAAAGAUUAUCAUUAAGAGCUGUAAGGUCAAAAGAGACUUCUUGGCCCUAACAAUCAGGACGGAGACAAACUCACAACAAGCCUUUUAGCUGUAUUUGGUGCACUAAAGUACUGUUUGCCUAGGUUUUUAUUUUGAACUGAACAGGGCAUAAUGCUGUUACUGCUGUUUAUUUAUUUCUAGGGUUGAUUAUGUAUACCUUAUUUUAGCUGAAAAGAUUUUGGGUUGAAAGCUUGAAUUCUUAGCUUCAGUUUUUUUUUAAAUUAAAAUAAAUAUUAGUUUAUUUCUCCAUUUUAUAACGUAGCCACCUGGAUUUGGUUGUUUUCACUGAAGACUGCAAUUUCUAUUAGAAAUGUUUAAACYGUAAAAAGGUUUUAAUUCCUGCGUUUGUGUGAUUUAUACAUUUUUUCUAACAAUUAUGCAUAAUCAUAAAUCAUUACACUGUACAGUUAAACGAGGCAGGAGUUUGCAAUAAACACAGCAAAUAUUUUUGUAGAAACUGUUUUCUGAAGCUUAAAUUGCUUUUUGAGGUACUGUAAAAAGGCAAACUGCUCCUUUUCAGCUCAUUUUUACCAAGCCUUUAAUGCUAGUAUACCAAUGAAUGUGAAUGCUCUAUUCUUGUGGAACUGUUUUAUAAAUAAAAGCUUCAUCUUUGAAUGACAUUUGGGGAA